ACUACUUAUUAUCCUUUCAAGAUGUCCAACAUAGUUCUUGUCAGCGGAGCCAACCAGGGUAUUGGUUACGAAAUUGCCAAACAGCUUAGCCAGACGUCAGAAUAUCAUGUUCUCCUGGGAUCGAGAAUCUCAGAAAAAGGCGAGAUAGGUGCUGCCCAGAUAAGAGAAGCUGGAGGAAGUGUUGAGGCAAUUCAGCUCGACGUCACCGACCGCAGAUCAAUGUCAGCCACACGACAAUAUAUCGAGACCAAAUUUGAACGCCUCGAUGUCCUCAUCAACUGUAUUGAUACUUUGAUAGNNAAUGCUGCGAUCCUCCUCGACUUUCAAGUCAGCCCCGAAUACUCACUAGGUCAAGCAAUGCAAGACACUUUUGCGACCAACACUGCUGGCGCAGCAGACCUGACCGAAACAUUCCUCCCUCUCCUCAAAUGUAGCCGACUACCACGCUUGGUCUUUGUGUCGAGUAGCGUGGGCAGUCUGCACACAUUUGCAGAUUUCAAGCCCUCGUACACAAUGACCAAGUAUUUCGCUCCAGCAUAUGCGUGCAGUAAAGCUGCAUUGAACAUGUUAAUGCUGCACUAUAACAAAACGAACUUCUGCAAUCAUGACGAGAAGGCUGGUCCUGUGGAUGAAGGCGCACUGGCUGCCAUCAAGCUGGCUACUUUGGGUGAGGACGGCGAGACUGGCACUUUUGUUAACAUGAAAGGACAGAUCGCUUGGUGA